GCGCUGCUCGGGGAGUUUUUGACCGCGAACGUAUCCAUGCCUUUCCUGCUGUUCAUGGUUAAAGGUUUCGGAGAGCUGAAGGACGAGGCGGACGUGGGAUUCUGGACAGGGAUACUAGUCGCCAGCUUCUUCCUCACGCAAUUCCUAACUUCGCUUCUCUGGGCGACGGUCGCGGACAGACACGGCCAGCGCCUCGUGCUCUUCAUCUCCCUCCUGGGGAGCUCGCUCACAUGCUGCGUCUUUGGCUCGGCGACGACGCUCAAGCAGGCCAUCGCGAUCCGUUUGAUGCAGGGGAUCUUUGCCGGCGCCAUUGGUGUCGCCCGUGGAUGCGUCACUGUGAUCACCGAUCCUAGCAAUGAGGGGCGCGCUUAUGCUAUCUUGGGCUUUUGUUGGGGCUUUGGCGGUGUUGCGGGUGCCAUCGUAGGCGGAACAUUCGAAUCGCCAGCGAAAAAGUGGCCUGGAGUGUUCGACUCGGUUCCUAUUUUCGUGACAUACCCGUAUCUACUGCCGUGUGCUAUGGCCGCGUCUGUGACGUUGAUCGGCUGUUUGCUCUCACUCUUUCUGGGACCCGAUGCAGGUCCACGCGACGGUGCGAUUCGUCUCUCGCCCGAGAAAGUCGACGAACACCCGACAAUUCCAGAAGAGGCCUCCCUGCCUCCCAGUCCUUCCCAAUCGCCCAAACAGGGUUUCUAUAGAAACCUUCGCCGGAAGGUAUCCAGCCGCCUUUCGGGAUACUUCGCGAAUCGCGUGCACGACGCGUACGCUCCCGACGCCUCCCCGCCGCCUGCUAUGCCGCUUUCGACCUCGGUCCCUGGCCGCCGGUUUUCGCGCAUGAGCCGCGCGAACGGGUCGGCGUACGGCUAUGGCGGGGGCACUGCGCGCGUGCGGAGCCGUCUCGCGAGCGGCGCGACGAUGCGGAGGGCGAGCGCGUCGAGCUCGGUGCGCAGGCGCGGGAGCGCCGGGCCGGAUGGCUUGCCCCGGUCGUUCGGAGACGCGGGCGAGCUGAAUUUCGCGCAGCGGCUGCUCAUGGCGAACGAGAACGCGGUGACGAAUAUCGCGGAUCUGUGGGUCGCGUCUGCGAUGAACGUGGAUAACGAGGAGGUCUUUGAGAGCGACACCGAGCUGGAGAGUGCGGGCGACGACGACGGCGCUGUGUUUGAUAUGGAAGAUGAAGAGGAAGAGGAUGAAGAGGAGGAUGUUCUGGAUACCCCUACGCGGCGUGGACGGCUCUCGAAGCCGUCCAUACUAUCUGCUCAUCAGCCCUCUUUCGCGGGCCGUCGGCUUUCGCAGGCUCCGAGGACCUUUGGCUCGCCCAGGCGUCCGUCGGCGUCGACGUCAUACCGCCCGCAGUCGUCCACGAACCCCCGCAUGCCCUCCUUUGGACAAGGCCCCCACGAGCGUCGCUUCUCCACCGUGCCGUCUAUUUUUGCGCACCCCGGAGUCAAGUCUCCAUCCGCUGUCCUCGACGCGCAGAGGCUGCUGUCUCAGCCCGACGACGUGGACAGAAACGCAUUGAACAGCAUGCUUGAGCGGCGCGGCGCGGCGGUUCCGGCUGAGGGCGACCUUGUGGAGGAGCCGUCGCCGCCUCUGUUUUCGCAGCUGCCGAUCUUGAUCAUCACGCAGUAUGGGCUUCUGGCGCUGCAUUCGACGACCCACGACAUGGUGUUUUUGUCGUACCUUGUUUCAAAGUACGAAUCGGGCGGUCUGAAUCUGAACGCCGGACACUUCUCACAAUUGAGCAUGUCAUUUGUCUUGAGCGCUGUCGCGUCUGCCCUCAUGUGCCUCGCACAGAUCAUGUACCAGUUCUAUCUCUAUCCCCCUCCUAGAGGACGCUUCUCUCAUUUAGCGAUGUUCCGCCUGGGCUCGCUGUUGUUUAUCCCUGCUUAUAUCACUGUGACCCUGUAUCGCACCUUCGCGAGUGCUGAAGACGACGGAAAUUUCAUGCUCAUGACCGCGUUGGCCGUCAGCACUGCUGUGAGAUAUUGCGGCAAUACAUUUGCGUACACCUCCGUCUCGAUUCUCCUCAAUUACAUGUCUCCCCCGCCCGUGGUAAGUUUAGCAAAUGGCGUGGCGCAGAGCAUCGUCAGUCUUGCUCGUUGCUUCGGUCCUAUCCUAGGCGGUUGGCUCUGGUCCGUCUCUGUCGAAGGGAACCCUUCAGGAUACUAUCUCGGUUUCUUCGCCUGUGCCGCGUUCUGUGCCCUCGCAGUGCUUCACAGCUUGCUCAUCCGAUGA